AUGGAUUUUGAAAAUACUUGGUUGCUACAGAGUGCAGCCAAGUCGACGGGUGGGGUGGAGGCCCCCUUGGAGCAGCACUUGAAGGACACACUGAAGAAUCCAUUGUUGAGUCCUGUGCACAGAUUCACAAGGAUUAAUCUGGGCAGCUGGGGGACCCUGUCAGAUGAGCAUGCUGGGGUGAUACCUGUUCUAGCCCAGCAAGCAGCUAAGCUGACCUCAGCCCCCACUGAUAUUCCUGUGGUGUGUCUAGAAUCAGAUAAUGGGAACAAUAUGAUCCAGGAACAUGAAGGCAUUGCAGUGGCAGCGCAUGAAAUGGCUUCUUGA